AUAAUAAUAAUAUUUAAGCUCAACUGGCUGCACUAAUUCAGAGUUUAUUUUUUCUUCACAUUAGAACGAGAAAGUUAACUUUGAAGUGCAGCUAGUUCAUCUUAAAAGUAUCUCACAAUCAGUUGGACUUGUGUGAAUUGGUGUGAAUACACGUGCUGCAGUGCUGCAUGUAAAGAAUAAGCGCUUAUUUAAAAAUGGCGCUCUUAAAUCGUGCUAAUUUAAAUUCUUUUAAUUUACUAUUAAAUCAUUAUUACAAGUUCGCGACGGGUACGGUAAGAUUAAAAACGCGUGGACAAAUUUCAUUAUCGUCACAUCUCAGACAAGAAAAGAUUAAACAAAUGUCCGGCAAUUUUGCAGACUCAGAAAACAGCCCAGAGUUGUCAAAUGUCAAAAGCAGGACGUUUGAAACUAUAAUUGCCAACAGAAGAGAUCAGGCAUGUCGAAGUAUGUUGGUACAGGUAAAGUCGUUGGAUUCACAAGAUGAUCUCCAAAAUUAUUGUGCUCAAUUUGGAGAUAUUUUAAGUAUGCACCAUUAUCAAAAAGACAAGGAACAUUAUAUUUUGAUUGAAUUUAAAGAUAUAGUAUCAAUAAAUGAAAUUAUGUCAUCUGCAUCCUUUGGGGAUGAAGUCUCAAUUGCCCCUAUAAAAUCAUCAGUAUUUUGGUUUCGCAAAAGACAAUUUACUUUAAGUUAUAAGAAAAAUCAGAAAAAGAUAAUGUUAGCUACAGAAAAUGGAUGCACAUAUCCUACUGAAAAGGAAAUUGCAAACUUCUUACAUAAUGCAAAAUCGAUAUCGGGGCAAAUAAUAAAUUUAUACGAGGCAUUAAAACUGAACGAUUUAGAAAUAAGACUGAGAUUUCACACUGCUUAUCACUUGGAACAAUAUUUUUCUAGAUUAUUUCAAAAUAUCAAAGUUUUACCAUUUGGUUCCUCUUUGAAUGGAUUUGGGACGAAAAGAUGUGACCUUGAUUUAGUUCUCAUUUUAGAUAACAUUCAGAAUAAAUCCACAAAUAUGGUAUUUCAUACAAAAUCUAUGAAACUUAAUGAGAGGCGUGAAAAAAAAGAAUUUAUGGGAAUACUCGCAAGUACUAUGCAGCAUUUUAUCCCUGGCAUUCAUAAUGUACGAAAGAUCUUAGAAGCUAGAGUACCUAUAAUUAAAUUCAAUUACAAUUAUACAAAUAUUGAAUGCGACUUAAGCGCAACAAACAUGACUGCUGUAUACAUGUCCGAACUGUUAAAUUUAUAUGGAGAGAUAGAUUGGCGGGUAAGACCGCUUGUUACAGUAAUACGGAAAUGGGCAAAGAGUCAGAAGAUAACAUCUGAUGUGCCAGGACAAUGGAUAACGAAUUUCUCUCUUUCAUUAUUGGUGCUCUUUUACUUACAACAGCAACACAUACUGCCGUCUUUAAAAACAUUGAAAUUGUAUGCAACACGUGACGACAUUCGUUGUACAGAGAAUGGCAUUGAUUGCACCUUCCAGCGAAAUCUUGAAAAAUUGCCAGCUGAGUACAAGUAUAAAUCGAAUCAAGACAAUCUGGAAUCGCUGCUAUAUGGUUUCUUUAAAUUUAUUUCGACAUUUAACUUUUACACAGACGGGAUAUGUAUUCGCGAAGGAACGGUGAUCCCGAAACCGUCGUCCUCGGCGCUUUAUAUCACUAAUCCCCUAGAAACGACAUUGAAUGUGUGCAAGAACGUAAAUACUUACGAGUUAAAUCUCAUAAACGAAAAGGCGCACGAUGCAUUAUUUAUAUUAGAGACUCACAACUCCAAAAAUAACAAUGACUGGGGCAUUAUGGUUUUAUUAAAAAUGAAAAACUUUGAAAUAAUGGGUACGUUGAAGUUAAACAGAAAAGAACAGAGUAUUGUGGAUUAUUUGGAAAAUUAUUCUGAUGAAAUUUCUAAAGUUGAUAUCAAUCCAUCAAAGAAAAAGAAAAAAACGGUAUGAUGUUUAGACAAAUAGUGAUGUUAUAUAUACAUUUCAUCUCGGCAGAAAUAUACAUGUCAUAUAUAUUCCUGCAUGAGACGCUUGCAACAAUUUUUUUAUAUAAAUGAUUUGGGAUAUAUUUAGUGAUGGUGCCAGAAAAAAUAGAAACAUUUUAUGCAAGAAGAAAAGAAGAAUCUGAAGAAGAUAUUUUGUUGCAGCCAGUUGUAUGUACUGUACUAUAUGUGCAUUGUGAAAAUAGGAGAAAAAAUGUACAUAAAAUAAUGACAUUAUAUAUAUACAUGAAUCAUAAAUGAAUAUGUGUUAGCUUUAAUAUAAUGCAAUCAGUUAUUGGCUUAAUUUAUUUACUUAUAUUCCUGGAUACUUUUUCGAAAAUUAUAGCUAAAAUGUUUUUUUGAUUUUCAUUUAUCAAAGUUUCUAGUUUCUAGUUUCUAGUUUUAUAUAAAACAACCCAUAAAAUUCGAUAUAUACCGAGCAUCAUAUCUUUAUCAUGUUUUAUACAUAACAUACAACUGCGAACAUUUAUAUAAUUAAAUGGAAAUGUGCGUCCCUUUCACAUACAAUACACAAAUGCAGUAUAUAAAUCAAGGAUAUAUUUAUUAA